AUUAUCUUUUUAUAAAUGGGUUUCUAUGGCAACAGCUUUCAAGAUUUAUUUAUUGUCAACUAACUAGUGUGUCAGAUAUUUUUAAUCAUUUUACACAUUGCUAUUUUAACUCAAAAUAUGGCAUUGGCCUCAAUUUUACGAAACACUAUAAAGCUCCAAACUCUAACAAGAAGUCCGGCAUUAACAGGAAACUUUAUAAAAGUAAAUCCGGUAGUUCCACGUGCGUAUUCCAAAGUAUUGAUCACUGCGGACAAGAACAAGAAUCUUCUGCCCAAAAACAGUUUGAUCUCUGAAGUAGUUAAAAGGAAUAUGUCCGCAGAUCAUACUAAAGUAUGGCCCUUCGAAAAAGUCAUUACUUUGGUACUUCUUGGAGUAGUUCCGUUGACAUUUUACUCGCCUACGACUGUGUCCGAUGAUAUUUUUGCGGUAGCAACCAUUCUCCACACAUUCUGGGGUUUGGAAGCUUGUUGCGCUGACUACAUUAGACCUGUUAUAUUUGGUUCCGCAAUUCCUAAAUUGGCUAUAUUUUUAUUAUUUGCUACUUGCGGUCUGACUUUGGCGGGGCUCAUUUAUUACAACCACAACGGACUUGGAAUUGGUAAAACUAUACAAAAAAUAUGGCUAUUGGGACGCGAAGAGGAAUGUGUUGAAGAUGAGGAAGGAGGUGGAACAGGAAGGGCUGGGGGUGGGGCUGGAUCAGAUGAAUGCAAAUAAUUGUUUGACGUUAUAUAUACUUUACCUUAAAUAAAUUAUAUAAAUUUUUA